CUGAGCCCUGCCCCCGUGCGUGUGCGGCCUCUGUGUUUCGCGCCGGCGGCCCCGGUCCCCGCCCGCUCGCCCCUGUGUGCCUUGGGUGGGCCGCCCUGGAACGUCAGAAGGAAAAGACAGGAAGUAGGUGCCUUGGGGUGUUUUCCCCUGCGUCGGCCCUGAGGCGCGCCGGGCCGCCGGCUUUCCCUCCUAUGUAUCUAUGCUCGCUCUUGCACGCCCGCCCGGUACUCGCGCUGGGCACCCACCUCGGGCCAUGGCGCGGCUUGUUGUCCGCGCGAUGUAGAUGCUACCUCAGCCGGCGCGCCUGCAGCCUGCCGGCAUGGUCUUCGUUCACGUGGCGACCGGCCAAUUUAGGUUUGGCUGAGGAGACUGGUAUAAAAAGAUAA